AUGUUGGAGCAUAUUAUUAACUUUGGUCUUGACUUUCUACUCCCCAUUAAAAAGACGAUUUUGAUCAAUAAUGAGCCCCCUUGGAUGACCAAAUCUAUGGAAAGCCAUAGUGGACAAAAGUAGUCGAGAAAUUUUUUUCUGGUCGAGAAUAUUUUUAUACACCUAUACAGUCGAGAAUAUUUUUAUACAGUCGAGAAUAUUUUUAUACAGUCGAGAUUAUUUUUUACCGUCGAGAACUUUUUUUUUACAGUCGAGAUUAUUUUUUGCAGUCGAGAAUUUUUUUACAGUCGAGAUUAUUUUUUGCAGUCGAGAAUUUUUUUUUAUAGUCGAGAACAUUUUUACACUCGAGAAUAUUUAUUCCAGUCGAGAAUUUUUACGCCCCAAAUUUUUCCCGCGUUUAGAAAAGGCGAUUCUAGUCAAUCUGGUGCAAAAGAGAUUCUUUCGCAAAUAUUUAGCCGCAUUGGGCAGUUGUCCGAUGCCUUGGCGGCUCCUGAGGGAUCUUCCAAUAAUUCUAGCAGUGUUGGGACAAGCGACACGGUGGAGAGUGAGGUUAGGAAGGUAUUUAGACGACAACAUUCAUCAACAACAUUCGAGACAACAUUGUCAUCAAGCGUGGGCACAAACCGCACAAGUAUUAGUACAACACAGGGUGCAACCCAAGCUUCCGUUUCAGUUUCACCUUCUCCACAGCUAUUCCAGGAGCCAAAUCCUUAUAACAUUAGAAGAUACUUCGGUAACCAACGAUCAGCAAUGAAAUCAAAUCGUUGGAGAAAAGGAGAGGACCCAAAAACAAAAAAGUAAGUACUGGGCCGUUCUCACGUGACAUUAUCUUACUCUCAGGACCAGAUGACAAGGACAUACCCCGUCAAGGAAGUAAAGUGUUUUUGCAAGAAAGUGGACACAUUAUCAGUGCCUUCGAGUUUCACAAGGAGUGGAGUGACAUUGACGUAAAACUUGAAAUGCGUCAAGCUUUUCAGGAACCACUGCCUGAUGACGUUGAUAUUGAGAUUGUCCAUUAUGUCCACACAAUACUGUUCACGCCUACAUUGGCACCAGGUCAACACUUAACUGGUUCUGUAAUCAACAGAGUCUUCAGUAACAACAAACCAGUGUAUAUCAGGCCAUGUAGACAAAUCCUAAAACAGCCUAUGAAUAAAGAGAAGCGUCAAAAGUAUAAUUUUCUUGACAAUGUAUUCGAUGACAAUGAUUGUGAUCGGAUGCCACCAACUAUAAAUGAGAACGAAAACUCAUUUGAUGCAUUGCAAGGUAAGAAAUGCCAGAAGAUAUCCUAUUUAUGAAAUAGGAGGCAUGGAGCUAUAUGGGUGGAUUUACUUGUGGUUUGGGGGGGGGGAGGGGUGCACACCUCUCCUAGUCUUACAAAGUAAAAUAGUGGAUUUGGCAGGGGCAUUUUUCAAACAAAACCACAAAAUGUGGCUAUUAGGGGCCAGGCAAUUCUAUAUUAAAUUUUCAACUAUUUCCAGUUGGGUUGCUUAGUCAUGAUGAACUCUGGGUUAAUAAACAAGUACAUCCUGUUUUAUGAGUACAGAAAUUAUGCACAGCUCUAGCUUGCUUACAAUCCCCCUGCCAGGUAAGGGUCCACCCCUGUGAAGCAAUAACGCUUUUGAAUGCAAGUAAAUUUUUCUCACUAUUGAAAAUUUGAUUUGUUAAAAUAGUCACAAUUCCAUCACACCUUAAAGUUCAGGUUACUUAUAUAUCAUGUAACCAACUUUUUUUAUGCAGCUUCUUAGUUGCAAAAUUUGCAUUAGCCUGUGUGUGCCCACUCUUGGCUUACUUGACAUUUAGCCAAGACAUUUAGUUUCACUGUCAUGUAUGCCUUUCCAUAUCCCAAUUCAGGAAUGAUUAUGUACAAACAGUACAACUCCUAAAACAAUAAUAAAAAUUCAUCAGAUUAUAAAUUUCUAGAACAUUGCAAUGAUGUCUUGAAAAUUUUUUUGAAAAAAGUCCAGUUAACUGCAUAGAAAAUUAAAGUGUAAUGCUGAUCUUUUUUGCGAAUUUAAUCCUGAUGACUGAUGAUUUUAUUGUUGUUUAUGGAGUUGCAUGGAUUUGAGAUAACAGACAUGGUUUAAAAUUAAAGAAAUUGUGGAAUGUAUACAUUUCAGAAUUUUGUGAUAUUUUCAAUUUGUUCAAAUUACUUAUAGAUAAUAUAAACUACCAAACAAAUCAAGUCCAGCCCGGAGAAACGAGUCAAAUUGCUGUGGUCCUUGAUAAACCAAUCCAGCAACUGCAAGUGCCCAACAUUAACCAGACUAAAGCAUCUGGACAUGAAACUUCCAGCCAGCUGGAACAGAUCAGGCAUGUCCAACCUGAUGAUACUAUUGUAGAUAUGACCCAGCUGUCCCAGCAUGAACCAUCUAGCCAAAUAAUGCAAAACAACCCGAGUCAAACGGACAUGGAAGAACCACUUCUAUUACAAGGUAAAUGAUUUUCCAAAUUAGAUAGAAUUUAACUGCUUAAAGUUCAUUAUUGAAGGACAGAUGUAUUGACCAAUUAACUGUCACACUGUUUAACGCCAGAUUAUACUGUGAUUGCCAGAUUAUACUGUGAUUGUCAGAUAGUAUAAAAGUAGCACAAAAUCAGUAUUUUUGAGCAUUUGCCACCUAAAAGGAAGGACGGCAUUGAACUGUUUUGGGAUCCACCCACUUCCCCUCGGCUGCGACACUUCAGAAGCUAGCUUCGCCGCACUCUACCUUCGGCUGAAAAUUAUUUAUCCCCAAUCUUAAUAUUCCUUCAGUUAAAGGUAUUGUGCGGGGAAGCAAGCAGUGAGAAUAUAUAACCAUGCAUGUUGUUUUGGGGACUUUUAUAAUUGGCUGUAAAUAAAGUGUCCCAGGAAUUUUAACACCCCUACAAUGUUUCCCCCAGGGGGGCAAAAUUCCUGGAAACUCGCCCCCCUUUGGGAAAUUUGCCCCCUUUAGAAACUUCACCUUUUCUGUAGGAUUUUCGUCCUCUGUUCAAAAUUUCGCACUUCCUAACAGUUGCGUAGGAUAAUUAUUACAUGGCUUUAGUCAUUUGAAAUCAGUAUCAAUUCCAAAUUGUUACGAAUACAAAUUUACAAUUAUGAGUAACAAAAGGCACUUAUCGUACGCUUCACAGCACACCAUGCAUAUUUUGCAUUUUCGAUGUUAAUCCUUAAAUUCAUUGUUAAAAAGUAAUCACAGUGGCGAUUAUUGUAAUUCAGUGGUAUACCAAAUAUUUUCCAAAUGCAUUUACAAAAUAAAAAAAAUUUAUUAAUUUAAAGUAUUGUUAAAAUUGUUUGGCAUCCACGUUUUGUCGUUAUUGGAAAAUGUAUGGCUUAUUAUAAGUUUGAGAUAAAUUUUAUAAAUACGUGUAGAUCGGAUUCACCAUCCACAAAAUUUUUAAAGGCGGGUUUUUUCUCUCUUAAUUGCCACAUACUGUAGAGGAAUUUACGAGUAUCCUUGACCAUGUGGUUGUGACUGGUGAGAUAUUUUUUUUUGCAUUGGCAGAUUAUAGAGAUGUAAUCAUUGAUGCACACGAUGAGUUAGCCAACGAUCGUCAAGUUGAGGAGAACACUCAGACUCGGUUGGUUAAAGAAAUCGCUAUUAACCGCAACAACGUGUUAAAGGAUAUGAUCAUUGCAUUUAAAGACGAAAUAAUUUUGUCUUGUUGCCUUGAAAUUGUAUUUAUCGACGAGAGAGGAAACAUCGAAGACGGAAGAGGUGCUGGUGUAAAGAGAGAGGCGCUCAGUAUAUUUUGGAGAGAAUUUUACAACUCACUUGCUACUGGUGCUUCCGAAAAAGUUCCAGCGAUACGUCAUGACUACCAGCAAAGUGAAUGGAAAAGUAUUGCGCGUGUCCUUGUUGCAGGAUUUACCAAGUUUGGAUACUUUCCUGUUACUCUGUCGACUGCAUUCAUAGCUUCCUGUCUCUUCCCGGAGGAAUUGCUUGCUAAAGAAUGGCUUGUAGAAUCUUUUCAUCAAUACAUAUCCAAAGAUGAGAGUGAAACUAAAAAGAAGUGUCACUGA